UCUUCCGGCUUGCAAACUGAACUGAUCUGUCAAAAAUGAAACUUCACGUAUUUCUGCUGUUUUCUGCAAUAUUAUGCGUUUUUGCAGAAUUACCAAAGAUAAGAUUUGAGUACAAAUACAGUUUUAAAGGACCACAUCUCGUGCAAAAGGAUCGGACGGUGCCAUUCUGGGAAUAUAACGGAGAUGCCAUUGCAAGCGAUGACAACAUACGUAUCACACCUUCCUUGCGGAGUAAGAAAGGUUCUGUUUGGACAAAAACACCAGCUAACUAUGAACACUGGUCUAUAGAGGUCGUUUUCAAAGUCACAGGUCGAGGUCGCGUUGGUGCUGAUGGACUGGCGGUAUGGUUUACUGAGAUGAAGGGAAUUGAGGGGCCGGUGUUCGGAAGCAACGAUUAUUGGAAAGGAUUGGCCGUUUUCUUCGAUUCCUUCGAUAAUGAUGGACAGGGUCCUGCAAACAAAAAAGGGCACAAUAACCCGUACAUCAUGGCCAUGAACAAUGAUGGCACCAAGCAGUACGAACACCAAAAUGAUGGUAUCAACCAGCAGAUGGGAGGAUGUAUGCGGGAUUUCAGGAACAAACCUUUCCCCAUCCGGGCUAAGAUUGAAUACUACCAGAAAGUCCUCACUGUGUUUUUCAACAGUGGUCUCACAAACAACAAAGAUGACUUUGAACUGUGUCUGAGGGCUGAGAAUGUUGAGUUACCGAAAUCUGGGUACUUUGGUGUCAGUGCUGCUACUGGCGGUCUUGCUGAUGAUCAUGAUGUUCUAGCAUUUUUGACCCAUUCUCUCACCCCACCUGGCCAGAAUGUUGGGACAAAGAUUGAUGAUGUUGAGAAGGCUAAAUAUGACAAGGAAUUUGACCAGUAUUAUGAACAGCUAGAGAAACAGAAGAAGGAAUACGCAGAACAGCACCCUGACAAAGCCGGCCAGCAACAUGAAAACAUGGAAAAUGCGUAUGAAAACCAGGCAGACAGAGAACUGAGAAUGAUAUUCGAAGGCCAGAACUUCAUCCACCAGACUUUGAGAGAACUUGGAAAGAGGUUUGACGAGCUUCUGGGACGGCAGGAGAUGGUUUUGUCCAAAGUGUCGCAGAUGUCACCAGGAGGAGGAGUUCAAGUUCCGCAGGGCGGGGGUCAGCAGCAAGGUGGCGGCGGUGUUCCAAUGAUUGACACAAUCAAAAGACAUGAAGUUGACAGAGUGUUGAAUACUCAAAAUGAAAUUAUACAAGAGGCCAAACAAAUAAGGAACAUCGUUAAUGAUGUCCAACAGCGUGCCAAUUACAUACAGAGCAAUCUAGGCCAGGGGGGUCAGGUUCAGCAAGGAGGGGGUGGUGGGAAUGCGGGUGGUGCCAACGCCCAGAUGCAGCUUGCUAUGCAUGAGGUGCAGGAAAACCUCCGUGCUGUCAAAACAGAUGUCAGUCAUAUGCUCAAUAGACCUCAGGGUCAAGGAGGGUGCCCAGUACCACCACCGUGCCUUUCAUCAACAGUAUUCUUCAUAGCUAUAGCAUUACAAUGCGCCCUUAUCAUAGGCUAUAUGGUUUAUAGGCAAAACAAAGAAAAUCAAGCAAAGAAAUUCUUCUAACCAACACAUUUAGCUAGUUCUUAUAACUAUUAAUGAUCUUAUAGAUUAUACAUAUUCUUGAAAAGAUGAAGCAAAAUUAUUGCCACUUCAAAAGGAAAAGGAAUUAUCAUUUUCUCAUAAAUUAUCAUGGGCAUGUGCACAAUUUCAGUUUAUUUUGAUCAAAAUGGAAUGGUUGAAAGUAUAGUAAAAGAUGAAAAUUCUACAUUUUAUAGUUUCUACUUUGUGGUGAUAAUUUGUGUAAUGUAUACACAAUAUCAAUAGUACCACACUGAAAAUGUAUUUGUAGUGGGGGUUUCUGACCAAAUUAAGGUAAAAGUUCGGCUCCCAAAUUUAGGCAAAAUUGGAAAUUCCCAGUUUAAGUCAAAAUGGCAUAUUUAUCACUAUCAAAAAGGCCACAGUCCAGAAUGGUGAGAGAAACCCCACCCUGAUUUGUCAAUUUACUGUGAAAUUAUUGGAUCAUGUUUAAAUCAUGUAUCUUUGUUAAAGAUAAGAUUGAACAAUACGACUUAAUUUUACUUUAGGCAUGCAAGCUCAGAUUCCUGGGAAAAACACAUUAAAAUAUGUAGAACAACCAUUUGAAAUACAAUAAUUUUGCUUUGUUUCUUCCAAACUUAAGGCAUUCCACAUACCCAGUUAUGUUAAGGUGUGUUUCUCUCUAAUGAGACUUUUGGAUUUUUGUCUGAUGUGUUUUAUCUGUUUUUGUUGAAAGAUAUACAUAUUUUAUAAUAAUUUGAAUUUUACAAUCUGAUGUUAGGUAUACAAUACCAAGAAAAUAAUGAGUGAUUGAAAUUAACACAACCCGCAAGCCCUGUGCUGGUGAAAUGCCUUCUUGGCUUGCUCUUAUUCUUGAUUUGAUAUAGCAGGGCUUGUGAAAGAACAUGAUGCCAGGUGCUAGUGUAAUAAUUAAGGCUUGUUCAUUAAAAGGUUCAAUUUCAAAGACUUAACAAUCAAGAACAAUAUUCUUCCUGGAAAUUAAGUAUUUU